ACUACCCUGCUGCCUGUCCCCUGCCUCCAGCGCAUUGAACUGCAGCGCGAGUCCUCUGAGUGAGAGCAUACGUGCGAGUGUCUGUAAUGCAGUCUGACAGGGACCCCUAUUUUGAAGCAAGUGCAAAGGCGAAGACUGUGUUUCAGAGAGGAACGAAACAUUAUCCUCACUGUAAUACAAGCAAGAGAGGAGCACUUCAAUUCUUCUGGGAAGUUUUAAACCACUAUUUUCUUAUUGUCUCUGAAAAAUUAGCUUCUCAAUAAGUAUAGCAGCAUAAUAGACAAGUAAUGUCUAUUACAUGUUUUAAAUGUUUAUUUAAAACAGCACUGAAUAUGUCUUUAAUAUAAAUCCCGUUGUAUGACUAACAUGGAUAAGUUCACUUCACUAGAUGACUGAAUAAUUUGAACACUUUCAAAUGCUCAGCUGAUUAGCAAUGCAUGAUAAAUCAUGUAGUGUCCUUUAUUUUUCUGGAGAAGAUUCUGUGUUCACAGUAUGAAGGUUUUUGCUAAGUAAGGCAGUGCUUAUUUGUUGCUGACUGAAGCAGUGAGCCAGAACAAUGAGUGUUCACUGGCUUCAGAUCCACAGUGAGUCCCAGCUGUGAGGCUGCUGUAAUCAGCUGGCUGCCCUGAGGGGGUAUAGUCUGAAGAAGCAGGCAGGGAGACAGGUCACGCUGCUCUGACUGAUCAUUUAGGAACAGUUAAUAACCCUGCAGCCCUGGGGAAAACAUCCCAGAAUGGGUGAAAAUAAUACCUGCUGUCUUUUCCAUGACUGUACUGAGCCGUUGCACACGUCAAAGUCAUUUCUUUCACUAUGAUUUAUUACUUGAAUAGAGUAAACAUUCCUUUUGUUUUCCAACCGAAGGUAAAAUAAGAGCCUUACUGGUCACUGUGCCAAAUAUAGCGCAGGAGCUAGUGGCUGGGGGACAGAAAGGACUGGAUUGGACAAGUAGACUGACCAGACAGACAGCUGUGUGGCUCUGUCACGGGGGCAGCAUGAUUCCAAACCUUGUUUUGCAGUGCUGUUGGCAGGGCAGUUGUGUGCAUGUAGUGUAUGGUGGAAGUGGAGCAAGGAUGCUCUUAGGGCUGCUAUGGCAGAAGGAAUGCUGAGACAAUGUGAAACUCCCCAUCCUGUCCUGGGGUUGAACCCAGCAAGAGAGAGAGACUGGUCUGCAGAUUCACACUCUGGCCAAACCAAUUCCACUUGGUGAUGUACUGAGCUGAGACCAGUCAAGCCCAGCUACCCCAGGACAGACGAGCCAAUACGAGGGGGAGGGUUUCCUGUGGGUUUCCUGUACUGUCCUCGCUGAAUCAGCCUGGAACUGCACGUGUGCAACUGUAGCUGCAAUUGGGAAAUCGUUGACCACAGCGUCACAUGUGUUUAAAGGCAUUAUAAUAAAGACUUUAAAAUGUGUUUUUGAUUCUUGUUAGCUCAACAGUAUAAUGCAUGUGCUCUAUGCUGCCUAUAGAAACCCUUGGGGGGGUCAGGUCCCCAUCUUAUUGCCUGUAACCAGAUAUGUCCAUCAACUUUAUAAUGUUUUGGUGGCAAGACAAACAAGAGCCACCAGAGUCAAAGUUUAAAUAAGCAAUGAAAUUAGUGAGAAUGCUGCUCAGCUAGCUGACUGGGAGCUUCAGAAGCCUGGGUUGGGUUACCCCUUUAAGGAGUGCCGAAUGAGGACAGCCUGCUUGUGGUCUUUUAGAAUUGGGGGCAUCCCUUCCAUUGAAAGUGACAGACCCCAGGCAUCCUGUUGAGUCUCACUCCCGCACCCUGCAUUGUGUGUAGGUUUCUGCAGGCGCUGAGCAUGGCGUGGCCCAGGGGCUCCCUGCUGGCUCUCUGGCUGCUUCUGACUUUGAGCUGUGGGCUGGUGAAGGGCCAGAAUGAGGCCGAGGAAGAGGAGGAGGAGGAGGAGUUGGAGGAAGAAGAGGAGACAACCCCCUCUGCUGGGCAGGAGGUGCAAGCCUGUCCCCUAGACUGCACAUGUAACCAGGAGGACAUGGUGGACUGCGGGGGUGUGGAUCUCAUAGAGUUCCCCCGCAGAGUACCAGAGACCACACGACACCUCUCCCUUCAGAACAACCAGAUAAAAACGAUCACUCUGGAGGAACUCUCUCGGCUGGACAGACUGGAGACUCUCAAUCUGCAGAACAACAGACUCACUUCUGAUGGAUUAGAAGAUGAAGCCUUCGAACUGCUGGACAGCCUGCAAUAUUUAUACUUGGCGAACAAUAAGCUCACAGUGGCUCCCAAAUACCUCCCCCCUUCGCUAGUCAGUGCAGACUUCGCAGCCAACCAGCUGACCAGGAUCUACCCCUACACCUUCGGGCAGAAGUCUGGCCUCAAGUCAGUGUAUCUCCAUAACAACAAGCUGACGGAUGCAGGGAUGCCUGAUCAGAUGUUCAAUGGAUCUGACAGCCUGGAAGAAUUAAUAUUAUCCAGCAACUUCCUUAAAUACGUUCCCAAGAACCUCCCUCCUGCCCUGCACAGGCUCCACUUAAGGAACAACAAGCUGGAGAAGAUUCCUAAGGGAGUAUUCGAUAGCCUCUCCAAACUGCGGGAGCUGUACCUGCAGAACAACCACCUGAACAACGCUGGGAUGGACAACGAGACCUUCUACUACCUGAACAGCCUUGUGUAUCUGGAUCUCUCCUACAACAACCUGAGCGUGGUCCCCAGCGGGCUGCCACGAAACUUGGUCCUGCUGCACCUGGAGAAGAACGCCAUCAGGAGCAUCCCGGCCAUGGUGCUGAGUCCCGUCCGCAACCUAGAGUACCUGCUCCUGCACAACAACAAUCUGCGCUGGCAGGCCAUCCACCCUCUGGCCUUCCAGGGGCUGAAGAAGCUGCACACCCUGCACAUGUACAACAACCAGCUGGAGCGCAUCCCCCGCGGGCUGCCCCGCCGCGCCAAGACCCUCAUGCUGCUCCACAACCAGAUCACCGAGAUCAGCCGCAACGACCUGGCCACCGCCUACACCGUCACUGAGCUCAACCUCAGCUACAACAAGCUGACCAGCCCCAAGCUGCACAAAGAGGCCUUCCGCAAGCUGCGACUGCUCCUGAGCCUCGACCUGUCCGGGAACAGCCUGCAGACCUUCCCCACGGGGCUGCCCAAGAGCCUGCAGGUCCUGAAGCUGAAGGACAACGAGCUGGCUGUCAUCCCCGACGGAGCCCUCUCCGGCAUGAGCAAGCUCAGGGAGGUGUACCUGAGCAGCAACAAGCUGAAGGUGAACUCCAUCUACCAGGGGGCCUGGCAGGAGCUCACCAGCCUUAGCACGCUGGACCUGUCCUCCAAUCAGCUAUCCCACAUCCCCUCGGACCUCCCGGAGUCUUUGGAGUUCCUCCACCUGCAGAGCAACCUCAUCAGCAGCAUCUCGGAAAGCGCCUUUGAGAGCACGCCCAACAUCAAGGGCAUCUUCCUCAGCAUUGUUUGUUUUAGGUUUUGUGUGCUGACACGUUGCGGCUCUUCCAGAUUUAACCGGCUGGCUGUGGGCACGGUGAAGAAAAACGCCUUUGUGAAUCUCAAGAGCCUGCAGGUCCUGGACCUGGGGCCGUCCAUGGAAAUGCCAGGGAUCAUCUCCAAGAACGAGCAAGGAGAGUGGUCAGAGGAGGAGGAGGAGGAGGAGGAGGAGGAGGAAGAGCUGGACUAGAACGACUAGAACAACAAAUGACUGACUGAGGCUAAAUCUCAAGAGCCACAUUGGAUCCACAUGCACAGCCUUCAAAGAUUGUCCAAACCAAUAGGGGGCUGUUUUUCUCUCAAUGCCUAAAAAAAAAAGUCAAGAAGUCUUCAUAGCAGCCUGUUGGGAACCUGUUUGGAAGCCGAGUGAACAGAACACAAGCAGAUGUUUCUGUCUCAAGAGUCUGAAAGAUACUUUUCUGACUUUACAAACAUUAUAUUGCCUGCUCUGCGUGCAUCUUUCGAGGACAACAUCCUCGCUAUAUUCAGCAUGCUUUCUACCUUUCACUUCUCAUAUUAAUGGCUUUACUCAUAUCAAGCAAACCGUGUAUCCCCACCUCUUCAAUACAAAGCGAGUAGCACAAUGAAACCAGUGAGGAUUGAGAAGCCACCAGCAGGUACUAGUGGCUAGAAAGCCACGAUGAUGAAGGGGAUUAAGUUGACAAUCAUGAUGUUUUCAUGAUGACAGUAAUCCUUGUGCAUCUUUGCCAUGUGACAAUGACGGCUCCACAUUCGCAGUUUCACAGGGACGCUGGGGCAGGUAUGAAUAGACUUUCCAUAAAGCGAACCUUGACUGCAGGAGAAGCAAUUAUCUGAGAUAAGACUGACCUUCCUUUUUAUAUAAAUGAUACAUUAUUUUUUGCAGGAAGCCGCUCUGUCGUUCAUUUUAAUACAAGACAGUACAAUACUAUUUCUUAUUAUAUAGCUCCCUUCACAGCAUGGUAUCCCAGAGCGCUGUACAAACGUACAAAACAACAAGGGAGCUCAUGUGUGCAAUACACUCCAGCUACAACCAAUUAUAGAAAUGCACAUUCAAAACUUUUCAAUUUAGACCUCAAAGAAUCCAGUGUUUCAACCAGCCUAAUGUCAGCCAGAAGAGUUCCAGCUUCCUCUCUGUAUUCAGCAUGUUUUCUACCUUUCAGGAGCAAGCAAACCGCUUGUCCCCACUUCCGCAAUACAAAAGCGACUAACACAAUGAAAGCAGUGAACAGCCACCUGCAGGUACUAACAACCAGACAUUUCAGAACUGGAAUUCGCAGAACACAUCUGAAUGGAAUUUCAGAACUGGAAUUCUCAGAACACAUCUGAAUGGAAUUUCAGAAUUGGAAUAAUUUCUGAAUGGGAUUUCAGAAAGGUCUCCUCGUUUGACUCUGUCAGAAUCAGGACCAGGGCUGCUAUCAGUUUGAAUGGACUCGCCUUUCCUGGAGUUAGCUUCUUACUGAUUCAAAGUCUGUAGAUGGAUACGUUCGGUGAUCUUUUUAAUAUUUCUUUUUUUGCAGCAUGUUGAAGAAAUAUAACUUGUGCAAGCAGAUAAGGGAAGGUUUUAGCGCAGUUAUCUGAAUACGCAAUGCUCUACAUCCACCAUCUUUACAUUGAAAUACUGUGUCUCCCAACUUCUAGAAUUACCAAUGAAGAAACGCUAACUCACUCACCAUGCAUUAUUAUUAGCCACAAAGAAAUGGUUUCCACAAAGCUUAUUAUAUGGAGCGUUACCUUUAUUAUUUGUCGUCCACAUUUUAUUGUGCAGUUUGUAGAGGAAACAAAGAUGAGAUGAAGAAAAGAAAAACAUACAUUUGCAACUUGGUAAAUAAUAUUUACAAACAUAUCAAAGAAUUAAAAACGAUUUAAUGAAUGAAUGAACGAAUGAACGCGUAUAACCCUGGGAAACCCUGUUGCUGUCACUAGAGCAUGCUGGCGUUAUUGCUUCUUUUGCAGUUUUGAAUUAGUUGAGUCCCCCGUUAUGGGGAGAGUGUAUAGCCCUGUGUACCCUGUGUGGUGUGAAGGCUUUCAAGCCUUUAUAUGGAGCCUCUCAUUUACAUAGAAGUUACUUUGUACAUACAUAAGAACUUACACACAAUUACAAGGGCUAUGGAUAGAGUUAUAUCAUGCAAAAAGAAUUACACCUGAAGUACAUUGUAACUA